AUGACUAAGCCGAGUCGCGUUGUUUUGAUCCAACCUGCUUCGGGCAAGUCAGACGUUUCGCUCAAGUUGCGAUCGAUAAAUACGCACUUUGGCGACCGCGAGCUGCACCAACCGCCUACACAAGAGCUUCCUCUGCGCACUUUGCCUUCAUGGAGCAUUGCGCACGCUUAUAAGUCGACUGCUCCGUCUCCCCGACACGCUCCCACACCGACGACGCCUGUUUACGUUCCUCGGUCAUCGCUCACCACUCAUCACGACGUCGCCAUGGCCAGCGCGGCAGCCAGGGCGCGAAAGCCUGUAGGCUCGAAAGAAUGGGUCGCCGCAGAGAAGGAAAAUUGUAUGCAGUUAGUGCAGCAGGAGCUGGACGAGGUCGAGUUUCCUGUCCGCCAUGAGAUGGAAUGGCUCAACGAACAUAUGGCGGAGAUCUUUACUCGCGAUCAGUUUAGCGUUACCGAGCUUUUCAAAACUCCCGGGAAGAUGCGCGGAAAGACUCCCCGGACUGCACGAAAGAUUCUCAAGACGCCGCGGGAAGCUCGAGUACCCUUGAGUGAUAUAUUCUCUUCUGGACACAACGCCAGAAAUAGCCCAGCGCCGACAAAUCGAUUUAACCAGGAGAUCGCGAAGCUUGUCACUAACAAUGAAAAGCCAUGGUCGCCUCCUUCAAACACCCAGAACUCAAACCCCAACUACAACACUGAUUCUGGAUAUCAUGGAAUGCCCGAGCAGCCCCACACGGACGCCGACGAGCCAGAGACCCAUAUGGAGACCGAAACUGCCACCCAGGUCAUUGACGAUUCGACCAUCUUACCAGUAGAUGGCAACGACAGAAGUCCAUCUGCAGCCCGUCGUAUCACAGAGGACUCAUUUCACUCCGCGAGAGAAGUUGCCCCAAGCAAGGAAAACACUGUUGAGCCCAUGGAAUUCGAAUACUCCCGUUAUAUCCCAAAGAAUACGGCCCUUCCGAAGCAGCAGCCGUUUACUACUUCUGCUCUUGUGGUGAAGCAGGGUGAAAACCAGGCUCACGCUCCAGUACUCCCAGCCCCACCACCAUCGGAGCUCAAGGAGGACUUGGACGACCAUAACCUCGACGAUAUAGGCUCGCCAUCUGAUGGGCCAACCCCGGUCCGAGCCCCGAUUCGAAAGAGUAGUCUUACAUUUGCUUCCCUCCCAGCACGAGAGCCACUUACAACGAAGCGAAGUAUGGGAGGGCGGAUGUCCAGAACUAGCCACAUCGACCCCCCGAAGAUGAAUAUGAGCAUAGUCGGCCAACCGGGCUACUUCGGACGACAGACAGGCGGAGCCAGGCUGACCCAAAUACUCUUGGACAGCGAAAAAAAUAAACCCAGCGAAACGAACGACAAGGAUCGCAACGAUGAAUGGGCCGAGGAUGAGAACGAUUCCGAUGCAGAGAAUAAGGCGCCAAAGCGUCUUAACAAAUCAUCUACGCAACUCUUGCAUGAGAAGAUAAAUAUGUUAGGAAAGUCGCAAGCGGCUCGAACUACCAAAUCUACCGCUCCCCUGCCCUCCCUAGGUUCACAACAGGUCGCAUACCCAGAGCUUCCUCCACCAACCGCAGCUCCCUCGAAUGAUAAUAUACAAAACAGCUCGGUUACUGAGCCGGCAUCCAUGGUGGAGGCAGCUAAAUUCUCCCCUCAACGAACACAGCUAGUUGCGGAUCAGUUUUCCUUCCCAGCUAAUAGGUCUUACGCGGAAACCCAUAUUUACAAAGACACUCCUAGUCCAGCCUUAAGAGCACCGUCGGCUCAGCCUGCUUCUCCUGAAAGGCGUUCGCCGGGCCCUAAACCAUUCAGACCAGCCGGUUUCUUUCACAGCAAAUCAUCCUCUGUCCCAUCAUUCCCCAUCUCUCCACGGCCCGGUACAGCAAGCUCUAUACAGAAGCCUCCAUCUGUUGCGGAUACUAACGGCGAGUCAACCACCCCAGCUGGUUCCCCAAAACGUUUCGAUGGUCCCCUCAGCGCAUCUAAAUCCAAGCUUCAAUCUUUGAUGAAAAGUGCCAGGGGUCUAUUUGGUAGUAGCGCAAGUGUCUCCGCUACUGCUAAACUAGAAACUCUCUCGCCUACAUCCACGCGCAGUCAAGCGAGCCAACACCCUAACACAUCCGGCGUAUUUGAACACGGCCAGCCUCAGGUGCAAUCCCAGCGCCCGGAGAGUCCAAUCAGAGCACCACGAACACGCGGUUCUAUAGAGAAGGAACAUAGGCGUAAAGAACAAGAAAUCAAGGACCGUCAGCGAAUGGAGGAGCAACUGGAAAGGGCUAGAGAGCAAGAGAGACAGCGAGUUGUGCCGCCAAAGCCUACUCAAAAUGUCCCCAAGGCUGAAGUACUAGAUAAGGUGGAGUUGCCAGAAUACCCUCCUGCAAAGUCGUCACCACGAAAGGUAGAGCCAGCACCCAGGGUACCUGUACGUCGUGAACCUGAACACAGCGAAGAGGAAGAGCAAAAGUUUGCCGUUCCAACUCUCCCACAGCCUCAGCCAAAGCAAAAUGAAAGCCGCAGGCCUGCUAAGGCCAUAAGAGAAGUGCGAAAGCCAAAACCUCAACCGGUCAAUAUCCGUGUUGGAACUCUCUCCUCACAGCGGAUACGGGCAGAAUCUGCAACCCCUAUACCUCCUUCCAUCCCUGAACCGACAACGAGACAAACCUCCGUCACCAAAAAGGCUAGCAAUGCUUCGCUUCUUACCACAGCGUCUACGGGCAGUCUAAAGAGCUCUGUCUCUUCUGCCUCGUCGAAAUCAAGAGCCAUGCUAGCGGCCGAAAGAAAGAAGGAACAGGAACAGCGAGACGCCCAGCGGAAAUUGGAGCAACGGCGUGAAGCUGACCGUAAGAGACUUGUACAACAGGAUGAAACCCGUCGGCAGGAACAGCUCGAGCGAACCCGAAUUGAGCGUCAAGAACGGGAACAGUCCGUUACAGAUGAUCCAAAGACCGUUGCAAAGAAACAGGCAAUUGAGAAGAGACGGCUUGAGAACGCAAAGAGAUUGGAACAGCAGCGUAGUCGUCAGCAGACUCCAUCAAAUGACACCAGCUCCAUAAUUCAACAUGACCGUUCCAUACUCAGUGAGUCUCAGGGUCCAGCAAGACCAGGCUCGAGGCUAGGUAGUGUCCAACCCCCUAGCCGGCCACAUAAUUACCCACCACCAAACCCAGCCAAACCACCCAAGCGCGUACACGACGAACAUAACACAAUCCGGCCCGCUGCCACAAAAUCAGGAAGCGUUCACCAGCCGGACGGGAAGCGAAGGAAGACAGAAGAUGAAAUUGUCACUGCUGAACCUGCCGUUCGACCAGCUAUGGCCCCCCCGAUACGUCAGUCUAUCGCAUCUAAACUUAACAACUUCCCCAGCGUUCCCAAGUACUCAGCCGCUGCACCUCCCCAGGGGAACCAAAUGCAAGGUUGCCCACCGAUCUUUAAAAACUCAAUGGGGGCACAGCGACAGUUCCAAGCCCAUCCGCAGGCUGCCCAAGGUAGUCGACCAACUCAUCCCCUGGAGAUGGCAAAAUAUGCCAAUGGAAAGAUUCCCUUUGCCGAACCGAGCAGCUCAUCUCAGCCGAACCCCAACUACCUCAAAACAGCCGGUCACAGCAGCAAGCACGCCAUACCUAAGUCUUCUCCCGCCUAUCCGAAUGGCGAAAACAUCAAACUUCCCGACAUUCCUACGGAUAGUGAAGACGAAGAUUCCGAUGCAGAACCAUGUCAUGUUCCCGAUUGGGCCAAGGAAGAAAACCUCCAUAACAUUCUUGUGCAGCAAGAAGGUCAGGAUGGAGAGAUGGUCUUCGGCCCAUCCGCUCCGUUGCAUAUGGAAGAGAUAUUCAAAGGCAACAAGGAGAGACUACGCAAGUUCCGUGAUCGCACCAGUAGCGCCAAUUGGAACGGCCCUGAUGGGCUGACACAGGAUGAAAUUAAAUGGGACAUGGCAGAAAGGGAGAAGCUCAAAAACAACGGAGGUUGGGUGUUUAGUCCACAUUAA